AUGGCUGAUGAUGUUAUAGAGACUGUUUUGUCAUAUCUCCCAAUCAAAAACCUUUUCGGCCUCGCCAUUUUAUCUGCGCGUUAUAGAUAUUCGUUGAAAUUCUGCCGCGAUCUCGCAUUCGACCGAAAUUUCACUAGAAAUUUAUCGAAAAACGAGUUCAAAAGCAUCGUCAAUAAAUUUUUUGAAAACCAUUUAAAUUCCAAUGCCGAGAGAUUCUGUUUGUACUUUGAUCCGACUAACGAUACAAGCCUCAUUGUUGACUGGAUUCGAAAGGCUGUUGGUUUAAGAAUAAAAGAACUCGAACUCGAUUUUACUCAAUCGAGAAGAAACUUUAUGCUCAGCUGUGAUUUAAUAAACGUAUCAAGCAUAAAAAUCACGAAACUCGUUUGUUGCGAACUCGAUAAUUCCUCGCUUGGCUUAAAUGGUUUGUGCAAUUUACGUGAGUUAACUCUUCAAAAUGUGAGAGCUCGGCCAAUAGUCAUCCAAUCAAUGUUUACAAAUUGUUUGGCUUUGAGGGCCGUUCGAUUUAUACAUUGUAACUUAACUUUUAAUCUCCAGAUAUUGGCUCGAAAUUCACAGAGUUUUAAUCAUUUGGUUGUGAAAUAUUGUUUUGAUGUCGAGUAUAUUACUCUGGAUGCCCCUACUCUUUGUUCCUUAUAUUAUCAUGGCAAAAUUUGCAAGUUCAAAAUCGAGAGUGAACUUUCGCAAUUGAAUGAUUUGACUUCUCACAUCCGAGAGGGUCCCAAGUUCGAUGGAAACGAAUACAAGGAAAUUAACUUUCACCUUUGGCAGUUAAAGGGAUUCCACUUGAUUGUGACACCAGAAAGUUACCUUAACCCAUCUGAUGUUGCUAGUUUCCUCAAGAAGUGUCCAUAUGUGGAACGAAUUUUCAUCGAGUUUGGCCUGAAUGCAUUUGGACAGAGUAUCUAUUGGGACAUGCACGGGAGGGACUAUUUGAUCGAAUGUGAUACAGUAUUUCCACUCCUAAAAUGUGUCAAGUUGAUGAUGGUGAAAUUCUUUCUAAAACGCGGCAUAAAUCUGCAGUACUUAGUUCUUGUGAAAGCCAGAAACUUUGAGUUUUCGAGGAAUUUUAAUUCAGAUUGUCUUAACUGGGGAAUAAUGUCCGGUGCAAAAAUAGCUAUUUAUGAUUAUCGUAAAGAUAUGAGUAUUUUAGAUCCAGUGCAUUUGAAGGAUGUUUACUGA